AUGGAGGGUUCAUCUGAGUCUGGUUGGCAGAGGUCUGAUAAUACAUCCCAUGAUUCUGGGUUCAUAUCAGGAAGAAAAGAGAGAGAAACACCAGCUGGAUGGCUCCACCACAGAACCCAGGUUGGGGAUCGGGCGGCGGAGCCACUUGUUCCGGCCGUGGAAUGCAGCGAUGUUAGUUUAAGACAAUGGUUAGAUAACCCAGAAAGAAAAGUGGAUUCUCUUGAAUGUUUACACAUAUUUUCUCAGAUUGUGGAGAUUGUUAAUCUAGCACAUUCUCAAGGAAUUGUUGUACACAAUGUGCGACCUUCAUGUUUUGUUAUGUCAUCGUUUAAUCGUGUUUCGUUCAUUGAAUCUGCUUCUUGCUCGGAUUCGAGUUCAGGUUCUCUUGAAUAUGGUCAAAUAGCUGAGUUUAAAAGUUCAUCUUCACCUUUGCACCAUGAAUCCAACUCCCCAAAACAAGAAGCCUGUGGCAGUGAACAGGCUGAAGAAAAAAAACAUUCUUUUCCUAUGAAACAAAUAUUGCUCAUGGAAUCAAAUUGGUACAGCAGCCCAGAAGAGGCUUCUGGUAACCCACCUUCUUGUGCUUCGGACAUUUAUCAACUUGGGGUCUUGCUCUUUGAGCUAUUCUGCACGUUUAGUUCACUGGAAGAGAAAAGCACAACAAUGGGUAGCCUCAGACAUCGGGUUCUUCCACCUCAGUUGCUUCUGAAGUGGCCUAAAGAAGCUUCAUUUUGCUUAUGGUUGCUGCAUCCUGAGCCAAGCAGCCGGCCAAAAAUGGGUGAGCUGUUGCAAAGUGAGUUUCUGAAUGAACCAAGAGAUAACAUAGAAGAACGAAAAGCUGCAGUAGAGCUUAGAGAACAAUUAGAGGAGCAGGAGUUGUUGCUGGAAUUCCUUUUGUUAAUGCAACAAAGAAAACAGGAAGCUGCAGAUAGCUUGCACGAGACAAUUUCAUUUCUAUCUUCUGACAUUGAAGAAGUCUCAAAGCUUCAAACAGCCCUCAGGGUAAAAGGAGGUUCAAGAGAAUUGAGCAGGAAUUCAGCUUCGGGUCCCAUUAUGAUGAAUAUUCGUGAUGAUGAUGAUUCUAGUAGCUCAGGAUCCAGGAAACGAUUCAGGCAGGGAAUCUAUCUCGAUAGCACAGAAGAAUCCGAUGGCCAUGCCUAUGUGGAUGAGCAUCAGAAGUCACAGGUUCCUGAUGGAAAUCAAGGAAUUGUCCUCUCCAAAAGUUAUCGAGUGAUGAAAAACUUUAGAAAAUUGGAAUCAGCUUAUUUUUUGACUAGACGUAGGGCUGUCAAACCAACAGGCAGACCUUUGACCGGACAUUCUCCAGUAAGUAGCGAUGGUAGAAGAUCUAUUGCACUAACUGAAAGAAGUUCAGUUAGUAAUUUGUCAUCUAAAGAACGGUAUAAUGAUCAUAGGCAAAGUGGAUGGAUAAAUACAUUCCUAGAGGGGUUAUGCAAGUAUCUCUCUUUUAGUAAACUGAAAGUCAAGGCAGACUUGAAGCAAGGGGAUCUUUUAAAUUCAUCAAACCUCGUAUGCUCUCUGAGUUUUGAUCGAGAUGGUGAAUUUUUUGCAACUGCUGGCGUAAACAAGAAGAUCAAAGUUUUUGAAUAUAGUUCGAUCUUAAAUGAAGAUCGUGAUAUCCAUUAUCCUGUGGUUGAAAUGGCAAGCAGGUCAAAGCUUAGCAGCAUAUGUUGGAAUGGCUAUAUCAAAAGCCAGAUCGCUUCAAGUAACUUCGAAGGUGUGGUGCAGGUAUGGGAUGUUACAAGGAGUCAAAUUUUCACGGAAAUGAAAGAACAUGAAAGGCGUGUCUGGUCUGUGGACUUCUCUGUAGCAGAUCCAACAAUGCUGGCCAGCGGCAGCGAUGAUGGUUCAGUUAAGCUCUGGAAUAUCAAUCAGGGAGUAAGUGUUGGUACAAUUAAGACAAAGGCCAAUGUCUGCUGUGUUCAAUUCCCCUUAGACUCUGGUCGUUUCCUUGCUUUCGGUUCAGCAGAUCAUAAGAUAUAUUACUAUGAUCUACGUAACUCAAAAAUGCCUCUGUGCACUUUAGUUGGGCAUAACAAAACAGUGAGCUACAUUAAGUUCAUAGAUUCAACGACUCUUGUGUCUGCAUCUACGGAUAACACAUUAAAGCUUUGGGAUUUGUCAAUGUGCACGUCACGAGUACUUGAUUGUCCUCUCCAAACAUUUACAGGCCACCUGAAUGUGAAGAAUUUCGUUGGUUUAUCUGUGUGCGAUGGUUAUAUCGCAACUGGCUCAGAGACAAAUGAGGUUUUCGUCUACCACAAAAGUUUGCCGAUGCCUGCAUUAUCAUUUAAAUUUAAUAACACAGACCCACUUUCCGGUGAUGAAGUGGACGAUACGGCACAAUUUAUAUCAUCCGUAUGUUGGCGUGGUCAGUCGUCCACCUUGGUUGCUGCCAAUUCCAUGGGAAAUAUUAAGCUACUCGAGAUGGUCUAA